AUGCCUGAAGAGAGCCACGGCCAAAGCAGCAGCAAACGGACACGCUCAAGUAUGUUUCCACAGAGCGUGAAACGGCCGGUUUGCUUCUUUUGCAAGGAAUCAGCUAACCAUGGUGAUCUAAGAAUGGCGUGUACAAUGGGUAUCGACUCCCGCGUCCGAUCUGUUACUCACGAGUGAAGUGAGUUCCGUUUCCAAGUUCUCGGAUUUGAGAAAAGAGUAUUGCAAGAGCCUAAUUAGAGAAGGUCUGGCGGAGGAAACUCAAGAGAUACAUUCCACGCGUCUAAAGGAGAAGCUAUCCCUGGUUUAACUGCUCACAAUAAAGGAAGAGAGGUGUUGGUAGCUUUUACAGAAGACAUAAGACAUUAAAUCCGACGCUUUCUCUAACGACAAUGAUGCCUAUGAGAUGUGUUUACAACGUUCAGCUAGCAUAGUCCGACAAGAAAUAUUCACUGAAUCAUAAGUAGCCAAUGGAUCGUUUUCUCAGAACUGCCAAAGGGGAUCAAUCCCCCAGACUUUGCUAUCGUUGGUAACCAUGAUCCUUGAAGGGCCAAAAGCUAAAUGCCAGUCAACUAUAAAGCAAAGUCAGGCUGGAUUAACAUUAGCUCAGCUUCUUAAAUUCAAUAACGUGAAGCAACCCCGUAAGACAGAAGAAUGUACUCGGCAUGUCAAAAGUCAAGAGAGUCCAUUACCAGUGUAAAUUGGUGUGAGGCUUCAUUUAAAAACACGCAAGGGUGAUCCUAUAGACAGAUUACAUUCACUUGGCAUGUCAAUUUCGUACGAUGAAGUGCUAGGCUUGUCAUCAGAUAUGGCAAAUGCAGUUUGUGAACACUUCAAGGAGACGGAUACGGUAUGCCCUUCCAACCUGAAAACAAACGUUUCACUAUAGCCGCAGUUGAUAAUAUCGAGCACAGCACGUCGUCGACAACGGCAAUAAGUUCAUUUCAUGGCACCAGCAUUUCACUAAUACAGCACCCUACUGUGGAAGAGGAAGGUGUGAAAAACGCACGAUUUAAGGAAAGAAAUUUGUCUACAUAGGUGCACUGCCAUCAAGCUACAUUAAAAUUCUCCCUUUGUCAAGUCAAAAACAAGGUGGUUUAAGAGUGCCAAGUAUGCAGUAUAAUGUAAACGGUGAUGAUGAAGCACUAUCUCUGGCCACAGUGAAGGAGACUGAAGGGCUCAACCAUAUGAGGCAGCAUGCAGAAGACCACCAACAGAUAGACAAAGAGGUUAUGCAACCCACUGUUGCCAAGCGAGCUGGAAAUGGAAAAGCCCAUAGCAAAAACACAACAGCAAUGGUAUCAUGGUCUGCUUUCCACGGAAAACGACAGAAACACGUCAACGCACGAUGCCAGAGUUCGUUGCUGCCUCUUUUUGCAGAAGCUGCUCAUUCCAUAGCCAUGAUCAAGCAUGCCAUAACUGUUGUUAUGAAAGCUGUUGAACACCUCAACCCAGGGCAAGCUGCAGUUGUAUCAUUCGAUCAACCCCUAUAUGCUUUAGCUAAGCAAAUACAAUGAAGAUAUCCAGACACGACGGGAGAAGAUAAGCUGAUAGUUAUACUUGGUGGACUUCACAUAGAGUUAGCGGUUCUCGAAGCAAUAGGAUCGUGGCUGUUGGGAAGUGGUUGGACAGAGGCUGUUGCGCAAGCCGGGAUAACCACGACUGAAAGGGCUGAGUCAUUAGUAACGUCUGCACAUUAUUACGCGUACAAGAUAAGUCCAUCAAAUUACGGCAUCCUCGCUUUAUAUACUUCAGCUGAGAGCCUACAAGAAUUACUGCGCACAAUGCACAGAGAACGCUCCACCAUUCCCUGAAUGGUGCAAAGAUCAAGCCAGUAAGACCCCGCAGCUCCAAUUCUGGAAGAUGACCCUCACGUUCGAGUUACUUAUUCUCAUUCUCGUGCGCUCCUUUCGACAAUUGGACUUCAGACAGUAUACGGCUGCUUUGAUGGCAAUUACCCCUUGGAUGUUCGCUCUAGAUCGCACUAAUUAUUAGCGGUGGCUACCAGUACAUAUUAGGGACAUGGCAGACCUACCAAAUAAACACCCACACGUCUACAAGGAGUUCUAAAAUUGUGGUAAAUUUACAGCGCAGAAGACAACUAAUACUUUUUCAUCUAUACCACCAGACCAGGCUCAUGAACAGAGUAAUGAGUUAAUCAAGGGGAACAGCGGGAUUAUGGAAUCACUGAGAAUCCUGGUGUGCUUUUAAGAUGGAUGGUGGCCGGACCGGAGCUGGCAAAAAUGGUAAAAGAGUUUGAGAUUACAAUAGAGGAGGACAACACCAACCAGACUUGCACACCACAUCAUGAGCAAUCCAGGGCUUGCCAAGCACGCUUCAUAAGUCAUGUUCAAUCUCUGGUUUCUAUUAUAGAAGAACUUGGCAACUCAUUUGAAGAGGAAAGUACAGACCUGAUCUCACUUGUAUCGAAAGACACAGCUGAUCCAGCAAUGAAAGCUUCUUUGAACAACAUUGAGUCAAUUGGAAAGGGGCAGUAUGAACUCUUCGUAAAAGAAAGGCUUACGGAGAGAUCUAAGCCAAUCGAUGAUAGCAUUUCAAGAAAUAAUCUUCCUUUGUGGAAACCAGGGUGUAAGAGUUCAACAUCAAAAGAGAAAAUGAAGCUAAAAUCUGUAAGAACGGACUGCCAGCUGUUUCGGAGGCCAUACAUCGGAUGUCAAAGUAGAGAUGGUGAUCUCGAUGAUUUCUUUUCUCAUGAAACUCAAGGGUCUCCUCAUUCAUUAUCGGACUGUGGGAGAAUCAGGUCAGGUAGCAAAUGUGACUUAAUACAGUGCAUGGAUAAAUUGGUGGGCACAUGA